AUGAACCCUGUGGAACUAGACGGAAGAACAGGAGAGGGCGGUGGACAGGUUGUAAGAGUCGCAAUAGCAAUAGCUGCCUUGGCGGGACAGGCUGUCACCAUCACCAACGUCAGAGGAAACCGAGAACGUGGAGGUCUCAAGAGCCAACACGUUACGAGCAUUCAAUUCCUCGCGGAGAUAACAGAUGCAGAUGUGGAGGGCCUAAGUGUAGGUUCCAAGACCAUAACUUUCGCUCCACGACGAGGACCCACAGAACUAUAUCAACGCAAUAUCAAGAUAUCUGCAGAGUCAGGUUCUGCGAGCACUCUCCUCAUUUUGCAAGCUGUCCUCCCGUUUCUGAUCUUUGCCGGCAAUGAUUCCGAGGAAUCAGUCGAACUUUCAAUAUCUGGUGGAUCCAAUGUGUCGUUUUCGCUCAGUUUUGAAUACCUGGACCAAGUUCUCCUACCAACAUUGGAAGAACGAUUUGGAAUUCAUGUUGAAAGGGCGUUAGAAAGACGUGGAUGGAGCCUCGGUCCGCAGUCGAGAGGUCAGAUACGUCUCAAGUUUCUUCCAUUGAAGAUUGGCCAAACUCUGCGAUACAAAUCCCCAGAGCAACGUAGUUACCCUGAGUCCUAUGAGAUCAAGUCUAUUGAUGUCAGCAUGCUAGUGCCUGGCAGCACGCACGAGAGACUCCAGGCAUCACUGACAAGGGACCUUGGGGGUUUCUUUUCUGGGGCAGACGUCCAUUUCAAGCAUAUUGAAGACACGAGCCUAGAUUCACGGUGGUACAUACUGCUUGUGACCCAUUCCACAUCUGGGAUCAGAUGGGGACAUGACUGGCUUGGAUCAAUACCGAAAAAGACAAAGAACAGGGACAUGUUCGUCGAUCAAGUGUCAAGAAAAUUGUGUCUGGGUUUGUACGAUGAGGUAGCUGUCGGUGGCCAAGUCGACGUUCAUCUUCAAGAUCAAGUGGUCGUUUUCCAAGCACUCUGUGAGGGAUACUCUUCGUUUCCUCGAGGAGAUGCCCCAGAUGAUUCUCCACCUGACACACUAAUCGAUGCCAUGGGAAACCUGGAUAUCGGUACUGGCAGAAUGAGAAAAGAAAAGACGAAUGAGCCCUUCGGUUACGGCUCUCUUCAUACACAAACAGCCCGGUGGGUUGCCAGCGAGAUGUUGCCGAGCGUCGAGUUUUACAACAAAGGCAACCUGGUGAAAGGGGCAGGUAUAUCAAUGAAAUAG